GCUAGGCGAUGCUAGCUGCCCCAGCUAAUCGAUGCUAGCUGCCCCAGCUAGGCGAAGCUAGCUGCCCCAGCUAGGCGAUGCUAGCUACCCCAGCUGGGCAGCUAGCAUCGCCUAGCUAGUAUGUUUCUUUUAACAUUUGUUUCGUAUGUAUUUUUUCGUCUCGCCUGCCUAUCAAACCUGCUAACGAUCCUCUUUUCUAUUUUUGUGUGUAGCCUAUAAAAAUGUAAUAUUUCAAUCUCAGUGUUUAACGAUGAUAUUGGAGUAAAAACUGUCUAGAAAACAACAUGAACCGUUUGUAGCAUUGUAAAUCAGGGCUUUGGCCAGCAGGGGGCGCACCGGUUCAUUCUGGUUACAAACUAAGCAGUUUGGAUGGAACGGUGAAUGAAGGCGUGUUGUGGCUCCAUAGAUGGCCGUCUGACUGGUCAGGAGAUGGACGUCCAGCGGCUCCAGAACGUGGCCUACCUCUACCUGUGCAGGCUGGAGGAGGCUAAGAGGUCAGUGAGCAGAACCAGAACUGGACCUGGUGCUGCCAUGUGGAUGUGUUAACCUGGUGCAUUCUGGGAGUUGAGACGGAUCAGAUGGUAAACCCAGAUUAAAUCCGGCUCUGUUGGCUUUUCUGAUUGGUGGUUUCCUGCUCAGGUGGAUGGAGGCGGUUCUGGGGGCGGAGCUUCCUGGCCCGGUGGAGCUGGAGAGGACUCUGAGGAACGGAGUCACUCUGGCCAAGCUGGGCCACCACUUCGCUCCCGCCCACAUCCCGCUGGAGCGGAUCUACGACCCGGACCAGCACCGGUACCAGGUCGGGUUCUGACCCCGGCUGUCUGCAGCCACAUGUUUCUACCAACAUCUGGUUCCAGGAAUAUCUGAUCAUUUCAUUCAGAUUCUUUAAUCAAUCACUGAUCAAUAACAUUCAUCUGUUCAGGAUGUUGGUCUGCAGUACAGACACACAGAGAACAUCAACCUGUGGAGGAGCGCCAUGAUGUCAGCGGGCCUGCCGUCGGUCAGUGAACUCUCACCUGAAUGGUCACUGAUUGGUCACUGAUUGGUCACUGAUCAGCUUCUGUACUAACUGAUUGGUUGUUUCUAGGUGUUUUAUCCUGAGACCAUCGAUGUCUACAACGGGAAGAACAUUCCCAAACUUAUUCACUGCAUCCACGCUCUCAGGUACGCCGUCCAUCUGUCCGUCCGUCCCUCUGUCCCUCCGUCCGUCCCUCUGUCCCUCCGUCCGUCCCUCUGUCCGUCUCUGGCCUCUGCCAUCUCGUGUGUCUCUGCAGCCACUUCCUGUCCCAACAAGGCUUGGCUCCGCCCAUUGUUGGUCUAAAAGGGAAAGUGAGCUUCACUGACGAGGAGAUCAACCACAUGGAGCUGGAGCUGAGCCAGCAUUACGACCCCAUGGAGUCCUUUGAGGACAUCGGGGACAUCCUGGCUGAGGAGCUGUCUGUGGACGCAGCUGCAGGUAGGAGCGCUCUGAUUGGCUGGGAGCUCCCAGGUGGACCCCUGGAGCUGACCGUGGUCGUCUUCCAGUCCAGACGGCCGUGGAUGCGGUGAAUGCGGCGGUGGCCCGGGGCCAGCUGGGGGCCACGGCCCAGGCCCUCAGGAACCCUGCAGCUCUCCUCACCGGCCUGCAGGAGGCGCACAUGAGCAGCUACUAGGAGACGCUGGAGCAGGCCCGGAUGAGGAAGGCGGAGCUUGCAGCAGACCAGGCUGGUUCCUCCAGGGACUCAGGACUCGUCCAGGGGAAUCUGAGCCAAAACGAGAUCCAGAAACUUGUCCGGACCGUCAACGCUGCCGGGUUGGGAGAAAUCCUGGUCGGGAAGCGGACCAGGAGGCCAGUCGACCGGUUCACCAUCGAGGCUCCGAGGUCGAGGGCGGAGGUCAACGUGGCAGACGGCGGUGGAGAGAGGCUGGCUGAGAUUCCCUGGACCAGGUACCAGCUCUGCAGGAGGAACCCGGCGGAGCUGAGGCCCCUCCACUACGUCCUCUUCAACCUGCCUGGGAAGGCGAGAUCCAUCAAGCAGAACCUCCGGCGGUUCAACGGCUUCCUGUUCGCCGCCGACAGUCAGGAGUUCAUCCUGAAACGGGCCAAGCUGCUCAUGAGCUCUGUCCUCCCCAGCGCCACCCUGAGGGACAUCUGCUCCAUCCUGGCGCUGAGGAGAGGAGGAACCAAGGAGCAGCUUGUCCAGCGGAUCCUCCGCUUCCUGACUGAGCCCAGAGACAGCGGGAAGCGCCCUCCAGUGGCCAAUAGGAGGCGGUAGCCUACAGCAGGUGGAGGAGUUUAAGGUAAAAUCAGUCAGGAGGAUCCAAAAUGUUCUGCUCAGGACGGUUUCAACCCAAACUAGUGUUCAUGACAUGAAGUCAUUAAGUGGGAAAACAUGGACAUGGAGCAGCAUAAAAUCCUAAUAGAUCAACAAUAAUUCAACCCUACAGAGGUGGGAAAUAAUGGAGAUACUAAUGGACACAGAAUAAACCUCUAGAAUGAAAAAUCUGGUAAGAUUUUGAUCAGAAAUCCUCCUGCAUGCUGGAGAAAAUGUACAAACCAUUAUCAUGUCGUCUGGGACUGACCAGUUAUGAAAGAUUAGUGGAAAGAGAUAAAUAAUGUCUUACAGGGUAUUUUCAAGCUGAAUGUUCCUUUGGAGAUCAAGAUGAUGUUUUUUUUCAUAAUUCCUCAAGAAGCUUCAAAAAGAAACAAAUAUUUAAUAACUAUUUUAUUAACAGCAAGUAAGAAAAACAUUACAAGACAAUAGUUAUUACAAGAUUUUAGACGACUGGGUCAACAAAACAUUUAACAUUUAUAAAAUGGGAACAAUAACAGCCUCUAAUCACAAGGCAGAUUAUGGUAGAUUAUG